AUGAGCUCAAUGGAGAAGAAUCUGUGCCUGGUCGUCGCCGUGUCCUACGUGCUGGCCGACACCAAACCCAUCGAGGUGAUCUCCCGCGAGGAGGUCCACGAUGCUGCCGGCCAGUAUUCGCUCUCGUACCAGACGGCCAACGGCAUCACGGUGGUGGAGCACGGCGAGCUGAAGCCCACCCCUGACGGCAAGGACCACGUGCUGAUCAAGAGCGGCCAGUACCAGUACACCAGCCCCGAGGGCAAGCCCGUCGACAUCAAGUACAAGGCCGACGAGUUCGGCUACGUCGCCACCGGAGACGCCAUCCCCGUCGCACCCGUCGCCUAA